CACGCCGGUAUGGAGGCCGGAUGGGCCCGGAUGGUCCGGGGCGGAAGCGGGGGGUGUCGGUUUUUUUUGAAAAGGUCUAUAAAGAAUGGCUGCAGUACCGUUACAAAUAUCUCGCAUUAACUUCGGAUAUAAAAUCGCUUCUUCAAGACCUUCGUGAGCAUUUUUUGCUCGGCCUGAUCACGAACGGACCAUCUGCAUCGCAAUGGGAGAAAGUUGACAAGUUAAACAUCAGAAGCUACUUCGACGUCAUUCUGGUGUCUGGCGAUUUCCCGUGGGAGAAACCGCAUUACAAAAUUUUCCACAAGGCUUGUGAUUAUCUCGGCGUGCAGCCCCGCCAAUGCAUCAUGGUGGGUGACAAGUUGGAAACCGAUAUUUUGGGCGGUUUGCAAGCGAACUUGGGCGGGACCGUGUGGAUCCCGUUGUCUCGUUCCGAAUUGGAUCAGGGCCACCCUGUCCCUCAUCAUAUUAUCAAAAAUAUUGGCGAACUCGUAGAUUUGUUACCUGAAGCUAAAACCAGGCGGCGCAGUUUUAGGGGCAAAACGGGCAAUUCGCUGGCGUUUAACAAACUGUCGUUAUGCGAUAUUGACGACGGCAAUAGCAAUAGCAGCGACGGUAGCUGAUAUUGGUUUUAUUCGCGUGGCGUCUUCUGGUCUAUGGGGUAGUAUGUGAGGUGAAUUUUCAUUUCGUCUAGAAAACAGUGUUCUGAAGAUUUUAUUAUUUCAGCGUAAUGUGUUUGUAUUCGUUAAACUUUACAAACGACUGGGUUGAUUCUUGUUUUUUUCUUAUCUAUCUAUUACUAAGAAACUAAAUUCGUGACUAUUAUGCACUUGACUGGUACAAUUACUUUUUGUACGAGUUUGGGGAACAAUUGUCGGUUCAUAGGUCAAAUCUCCAGUGCAACAAAGAUAUGCCGAAUUAUUGAAAUCAACGAGAAGGGUGAGAAAUGAUACAUUGAAACACUGUAAUCUGUUUAAUUCAUGAUGAUACAUCCUUAAUUAUUUUAUUUAAUCAGCAAUUAUAUUAAGAAAUACGAAAUAUUUAAUUUUUUUAUUUAGGUUUCGUAUUUAGAAAUAUCUGAAAAUAGUUGGCAGGGUCAUAUUUAAGGGGGAAAGAACACGAAAAAUGAUAGGAUUGUUGGGGUGUGGAUCGAAACAGAAAGACUGUUUUCUUUAAUAUGCUAUACAUAUGUCAGUACACAUACAAAAGAAAAUACAGAACUCGUGCCGCUCACUCUUCUUCAGAACACACACGAUCCUCGCCGCUCCAUGGACAGUGUGGCCACACAUAUUAUGUACAAUAUACACAACAUACAUAAUAUGUUUCGGAAUUUUUUAAACUUUUCCACAGCUAGCUUUUUGUAAAAAUAUCCGCAAUAUUUUAACCAGGAUCCGCUUUAAUUAUAUCUAUAACAUUUUUCUUCACUCAUUCAUGUACAUAAUGAUAACGAACUUUUUUUUGGUUAAUUUUUGGAUUACAACUUCACAUUUUUUCAUUUUCAAAAAAAUAGACAUUCAUUUUUUCCACAUACUGUAGCUUUUCCGUCAAGCACCGGUAUUGCAACUUCGUUUUUCGCCAUUUUGUCACGCGUUUUCCUACGUACACGGGACUUUGAAGCUUGCUCGUAACAAAUUACCAAAACCACGAACAUCGCUACCAUAUUGGGGUGUGGAACAGAACGGAAAGACUGUUUUCUUUAAUAUACAAUAUAUGUUAGUACAUAUACACAAAACGAAAAUACAGAACUAAUCACGCAUCUUUACAUUUCCACGGUGCUUCUCACUCUUCUUCUCUUGUCUCAGAAUACACACCGUCGUUGCUGCUCCAUGCACACUGUUGUCACACAUAUUAUAUAGAAUAUAAAUGUAUCGAAUACUUAAUAAGGAUAUUGGUUUGACGUAAAUUAUUACUUAAAAUAUUGGUUUAUUUUAAUGGGUCUAGUUAAGAUCUUUAGCAAAAACAAAUAUAAGCAAAAGAUUGUAAUAGCCGUUUCACAAGUACAAGUGUCAAAUGGGAAAGUUAUUGAUGUUGCAAUAACGACUAUAAAAGUUUAUUUUGUAAAGUAAAAACAAUAAGUAUAUAAAAAAGGCAUUUUAUUAGUUUCUUGAUAAAAUUAAUUUGUUUUUGUUAAUUAAUUUUAAAUGUGUUGUCUUUUUUCCAUCCCCUAAAUAAAAUUUCAAAAGCAAAUAUUGCAGUGCAUUAAGGCAACUUCUAGCAGCAGAACAUGUCCCGAUAUUUGUCCACUCAUUGUUAAUCUAUUAAAAGAACUUUUAAAAUAACUUUAAACUUAAGCCAAAUUAUAAACAUUCACAAAAAAAUGCACUACCUCCCUGCCAGCGCCUUGCAAGCACUGUAAGAUUUUCCAUCUCUUUAACAUUGCUUUAAAAUCUUUGUCGCACUUGAGAUUUCGUGUUUAUAUUUAGUUAUUAUGUUAGGAUGGAUACUUUUGAAAUUCUCACCAUAGGAAAACGAAAACAGUUACAGAAUCGGUUAAAUUAGAGAGAAAAGUUUCUUUCCGUUAAAAACUCUCAUAUGCAUACAAAUAAAAAAUAAAAGUUCUUGUCGACAUAAGAAGCUGGUGAAAUCUUUUUUUCUUCGUAAAACAAAAAACAAAUACUGUUGAUUUCUUAACAUAGUUAAUGGUCGGAUAUCACAGUGGUGAGUACUUUAAAAGUGACUAUCUUGUACAAAGGAUGGUAAGAAAAUAAGCAUUUCUUUCCUGCCUGAGGUACCUACAUGAUGUAUUUUUUCUGAUAGAUGUAUAAUCUGAUAUUAAUAUUAAUUAAUUAUAUUUAUACAAAAUUAUUUUUAAAUUUAAAUUGGAUUGGGAGAUAUUUUAACAAAUUUCGAAUAGUGGCACUUGGAACACUGUCAGUUAGUUUUAAGAAAAGACUGAAAGAAGUGACUAAUAGAUCUCAUAUUUUACUUACAUUUUUCAGCUGUUGAUAUACUACACUAUAAGCGAAAACAAGGAAAAAAUACAUUUAAAUUAUCUUAACUGAAUGCCAAGGUGGAGUUAAUUUCAUUUUUGUUCACAAUUAACUUGAACUGGGUUAUAGGUUUAACUAAAUGGUAAUUUGGGUCGGAAUAUUAAAAAUAAUGUUUUUUUUUUGUUUUUGUAUCAAUUUGUUAUUAUUUUAGUGGAAUAAGAUAAAUAUUUUUUCUUUUUGUUUAUAAUUUAUAAUUAAUAUGUACAAACGUUGCCAGGGAUCUUGUAUGAAAAACUUUUGAUGAGCUGCAUCAUAAAUUUAAAAACGUACAAACAAAAAAUAUCGAUGUAAUAGGUGCUCGAAAUAGUUCUUGUACCUGCUACUUAUUUUAUAUUACUUUUCGCAUAAAUAAUCUCUAAGACUAAUAUCUUGUGCCAUUAAAGAAUUUAAAAAAACAUAAGUUCAAUUUCUAACUAACGCGAAUAGAAGUUGUGAUACCGAUCAAAUAGCAGGACCAAAAUCUAGUCCUUAGUAUUUAUUGGGAAUGGAUUAACUAUGUUGUAGUACAACAUUUUGUGAGUUUAAUUGUUACGAGAAAUUUUGAAAAUGUAAAUUUUAAUUUUUGUUGCAAUAAAUUGUGU